AUGUCACCUGGGUUAAGUACAGUACGCGGGAUAGCUGGUGUAAUUUGGGCGAUAUUCUGGUUUGCGCUGACAUUCGAAAGCCCCACAUUUCAUCCGACAAUUUCACCGGAAGAAAAAAAAUACAUCCUCGAUGCUAUUGGACCGGUGUCUACGACUCAUCCAACUAUCCGUCGAUUUUCACUUUGGCAGUCUCACAAACACAUACACACACAGAUACAGUGA